CUGCACUGCAGUGUUGUUCACCACCUGCCCACAUAGAUCCUCUGACUGGCUGUGCUAGUCCUACAGCUUCAACAUACACCCACUGCAGCUUUUUCCAGAGUCCUCCAAUGCAGUCACCUUAUGCAGCUGAAUUUCUGCCCUCUAACUGGCCUUGUAAUACAUCUGAUGAAAACAAGAAGACAGAAGUAAAUCUUGAAGCUGUGUUUCAGAUUGUUGAUGAGAUGCGUUCAUCACCCAAAGCUGAAAUGGUGAAAGUGGAACCUGUGGAGAGCCAGUGUUCAACCCCUCAGUCUAACAGAGGUCAACCACUGCUGGUUAAUGAGAAUAGUGAUACACCUUCUUCAGCUGAGGAAAGCCAGCUGGAAUCUCUUACUCCUGUAGCUUCAGACACAUCAUUUGUGAUGGGAGCAGAUCAAGCAAUAACUUGUUCUCCAUCACAGCCUUCUGACCUUCUUUGUGCUACCCAUACCGCUGCAUCUGUAGAAAGUGCUGCUGCUGAAAUAGUGCAAGAAUCUGUGACCACACAGGAAGCACGUGAAAACCUGAGAGAACAACCAGAUCACUGCCCAGUUCAAUCCUCUGUAAUGUUUGUUCAGGAAGAACCAUUCAGUCCAGAGCAGGAGAAUACUAGUGUUAAAUGUGAAUCCAGUACGUCAGAGACAGAAGGGAGACAAUUCACUUCAGGAACUGAGCCUGUGAACAAAUCUGUAGAAGAGACAGACUCAUCUGUAAAAUCUAGAUGCAGGAAAAGAAGACACAGUUCACACAAGGGCAAGUCCCCUGAUCUCCAUCUGCUGGUAGAUGUAGCUUGCAAGCAGGGGUGCUUUCCGCAGGAAGAAACAAGAGAGUGA